AUGCCUUCUUACGUUGUGAUCGGUGGCUCUCGAGACAUCGGGCUUGAGCUCGUACGGCAACUGGCCGCAAAUGCAGACAAUAUUGUGUUUGCGACGGUACGAAACAAAACGGGUUUGACCUAUCUUAACGAGCUAGUGGCAAGUUUGACAACGGGUAACAUCCAUGUCCUGGAGGCAGACGUCGUCGAGCAUAGCUCCAUGAAGGCUAUUGCGGCGGAUGCUGCGGAAACGACUGGCGGCUCGCUGGACGUCCUCAUCCACAACGCUGCCCGAACGGAGCGCGAAAACAUUUUCCGCGGUCUCACCAAUUACGAAGACGACGAUAAGCUUGACGCAGAGUUCAUAGAAUCAAUGAGUUAUACCACUCAUUCGACCCUCUUCAAAGUCAACGUACGGGGUGCGAUCCAUGCCGUUAAUGCGUUUCUUCCUCUCCUCCGGAAAGGCUCCACAAAGAAGAUCGCCAUCAUCGGUAGCGAGGGCGGCACACCUGAGUUUGUCUGGAAGCUGCGUCUCCACAGCAUGGCUGCGUACGGAGCCACGAAGAGUGCCGAGCAGUUGGUCAUGACCAAAUAUGCGGCGCUGCUCGAGCCAGAAGGAUUCACGGUCGUAGCCAUUGACCCCGGGCUUGUCGAUGUCUCGAAGACGACCCCGGAGAAACGUGAGUUUUGCGUGGAGGGACAACUCGUUCGCUUCGAGGAGACUUUCACGAACCAUAGAAUUUUUACUCCGGAAGAAGCGGUGGACCGCGUUCUAUCUAUUAUCGGCGUGAUGAGUCCCAAGGAUAAUGCGUCGUUCUGGUCAUACCUGGAGUUCAGAAAGAAGGACUAG